UUUCUGGACUGAGCAUGUGAUCUCAGAGUAAAAGUAUAAAGAAAGAUGCGGGAGACCAGCUGCCUAACUCAGAAGCUUCUCAGACUCUGGGCAGAAAGGGACAGAAAGCCAAGAGAACGCGGGAAGUAGAAAAGGAAGAGGAACCACGAAACGGAAAGCGAGCAGGAUGGUAGAGCGCUCCGAAGGAAUGUCUCGCAGAGACCUGUCAGAAGCCCUGAAGGAAAGCACCAAAGAGGUGCAUGCACAGGCAGAGAGCACAGAGUUCAUGAUGAGUUUCCAGAAGGGGCAGGUGUCACUGCAUGAAUUUAAGCUGUAUCUAGCUUCUCUGUACUACAUCUAUUUGGCUCUGGAGGAGGAGUCUGAGCGGAAUAAGGACAACCCAGUCUAUGCCCCUGUUUAUUUCCCAACGGAGCUGAAUCGCAGGGCAGCUUUGGAGGAAGACUUGGGGUAUUUCUAUGGCCUCACAUGGAAGAAGGAGAUCCAAUGUCAUGAGGCAACUCAGAAAUACGUGGACAGGCUCCAUCACGUGGGCCAGUACGAACCUGAGCUUUUAGUGGCCCAUGCUUACACCCGCUACCUGGGAGAUUUGUCUGGGGGCCAGAUUCUGAAGAAGAUUGCCCAGAAAUCUCUCCAUCUGCCCAGUACUGGAGAAGGACUGUCUUUCUUCAUUUUCCCAGGAGUCACCAACAUCAGCAGGUUCAAACAGCUUUAUCGAGCACGGAUGAACAGCCUCCCCAUGGACUCGGCUUCAGAGGAGAGAAUCGUUGAAGAGGCCAAGAAAUCUUUUCUGCUGAAUAUAGAAGUCUUCGAGGAGCUGCAGAGAUUGGUGAGUCAAGGACAAACCUUGGAGAAUGGCCACCUUGUACAACCCAAACUAGAGCAUCACACAAGAGGAAUCAACCGAACACACAGUCCAAAGGAAAGUGACAGGGCACAGAUGAGGCAGAAGGACAUGCUGCCCAGCACACUGCUCCUGCGUUGGGCUCUUGCCAUUUUCUUCUUGGCAACAACAGUCGGCGUAGGCUUGUAUGUCAUGUGAAUAGAAGGGACGUUAACCAUUACUUCCACCAGCACCUCCCUCAUCAUAAACUAACAGAUCUCUCCUUGUGGAAGAAAACCUGCUUGGGUGGCAGCUGUUCUCACAUUACUAACAAUAUAGACGACACAAAAUGGCUUGUUAAAAAAAUCAGAUGCUGGUGUAGGGAACAUUUAUGUAAAAAUCCUGAAAUGCCACGGCAAUGUUAUAAAGACAGAGCCAUAAAAACAAAAGACUGAUAACUUGCCAGCUAGAAUACCUGAGGAAUAAAUCUUUGUGCUGGUACUUUGCCCAGUGCUUGUUUUGUACAACUGUCUUUUGAGACUCUGCCAACCUGAUGCCUUCCAGAUGUAUUGGAACAUAAUUCUCAUCAGCCCCAGCCAGCAUGUUGUAGUCCAAAACAUCUGGAGGGCACCAGGUUGGUCUAUGUUGUGUUGCUUGCUUCUCCUUAUUUUGAGACAAAAAGACAUUGCUCAUAUUACAAUUUUAUUUAAUAAUGUUUCUAUUUUUGAAACACGUUUGUAUUGCACCCAUAAACUUUGGGGGGAAACACACACACACCCUCUUGUAUUAGCAACUUGUAUUUUAUAAGUUAUAUGCUCUACCAUUAAACUUACUGUGAGCUGAA